CUCAAUGCCAACGAGCCACAAGCAAAGAAAGGCCACCUCUUUUGCUUGAACACCUCUUCGAUAAUACAACAAGCAUCAACAGUCCCUGUGUAAUUGAAAUGAUACUCAGAGGUCGAGAAAUAGGCUUGUAAUUUGUAUCUAGGCUCGACCGCCGACGCGGCUGUCUCCGGCGACUAUGCCUGCUAUCUGACUAGGUUUUUGUGUCACUAGCAUCAAAUGAGCGGCCGCGGUGGAGGACGUGGCGGGAGAGGUGGCGGCCGCUUCGGCGGCCGAGGGGGGGCACCCAUGGGUCCUGUUGCACGAGACGAGGAUGGCACUAUCCUGGCAACAGCUCCCGCAGGGCCGCCGCCCCUCUUCCCGGAGACAGAGCUGCCGGAGCAUCCGGAGAUCACAGCCAAAGACAAGAUGCUGUUGUUGCGGCGGUUCGAGCUUUCGCACCGGUCCAAGUUCUCUCCGUAUUUCCUCGAACUGCCCAAAUCACAGAAGGACACGGGAGCGCUCGACGAAGCCUUUGACCCCUACAAGGCCCCUGAGGCUGCGGCGGCGGGGGCGGCGGCGGCAGCCGCAGGCGGGGCGGCAGCCGCCAACGGCGCGGGGCCGUCCGGCGGCGCGGCGGGUGCGGGCGCAGGGGCGGUGGCGGCGGCGACAGCGCCGUCGGGCAUCGUGGGCUCCAAACGCAGCCGGCCGCCGCUGUCGUCGGUGAUGACCCUGAUACCGGACUACUUCCCGGAGGACUUGUACACAAGCAAGGACAUGAGGGCCUCCCGGCUUCAAACACUCAAGGGGCAAGACGCCUAUUUCCGAGCGCAGGCCCGAGGAGGAGACGACGCCACGAGCCUGAAGCGGCUGGAGCAGCUGGCCAAGAUGGAGGGGGCGCGCGAGGGCGAGGAGGGCGGCGGGGCGGGCGGGCGCAAGGGGCCGGGCGGCGAGGGCGGCGAUGAGGAGGAGGGCGCUGAGGAGGAGCAGCUGCACGACACGGACGAAGAAGAGGACAUGGAGGACGACGACUACUACCAGGGCGAGCAUUUCGACGAUGACGAGGGCUAUGGAGAUGCCUUUGAUGAGGGCGGCGACGAGGGGCCGGUCUACUAACACACAGGCCCGCACACAGGCCCGCACACGCAGGCCCGCUCCAUGCGGCUUGAAGGAGCUUGAGUGCAUGGUCGGGCGUGCUGCCACUAACACCGUGGGAGGCGCUGUGGGAUGGUGGUCGUGCUGAUGUGACAGUAGCACUGUGACAUCGGGUCGGUGGGACCAUGAGGCGCACGGCGCUGCAGCUGCAUAAAUGAGUAAUGCGCACGAUGCUUUUAACGUUAUGUCUGUGGCCAGGGUUGGCUGUGGGAGUGUGGGCGCCCAAGGGCUCCACUGCACCUGCGCCGUUGUGCGGUGCGUGUCGCCAGGCAGGCAGGCAGGCAGGCGGUGCGUGUCGCCAGGCAGGCAGGCAGGCAGGCAGGCGGAUGGGACGGUUUGCAGGCCAUGGACUUGUGGGCUUGCAAUAGUCCAGCCGGGAGCGGCGGGGGCGAGGGGUCGGUUGACACGGGUUGACAGACUCCACGACAGACAUGCCGCAUUCGCGAGAGAUUGAGACGAGCAACUUUGCGUUCGUCAGAUGCAAUCACUUGGGUUCUCAUAACACGACAGUCUACGCAAAUGGAUAUUAUCAUAUGAUCGAUUUCGGAUUGCAGAGUGAAGCAACAUGGCGCGAGGUCGAAGCUUGACAGCUGUGUGAUCAAGUGCCCCCUGCCAACAGCCGUGUAGCUUCGAGGACCACAAUGACUUAUUUGGAGGUCAAGCGCGAUCGAGGCGACGAGUAGCGAACUUUG